AUGAUGGGCACACAGAGAGACAUCCUGUCGCGCAGGAAGGUUUUCUGGAGCAGACAGACAGGAGGCAGCUCAGAAACUCUGGUGACCUGCAUUUUCCUCCAUAUGCUGCUCCGGGUCACCCACUCCAACAGCAUGAUGCAGAGGAUUAAGACUGCUCCCGGUGAUGGACGACAGGCUCAGGGGCUAUUUGUUGGUCACACCAUACAGGUUUCUUCUUCUUACUGUUCUCCGUACUACGACAAUGUGAGGCCCCUGUGCUACAGCGACUCAGAUGCAGUAUUGCUGUGUUUUGACAUCAGCCGCCCGGACACUGUGGACAGCAGUCUGAAGAAGUGGAAAACUGAGAUCCUGGACUUCUGUCCGAGCACACGUAUCCUGCUCAUUGGCUGUAAGAUCGACCUACGCACGGAUGUCUGCACGCUGAUGGAGCUGUCUAAUCAGAAACAGACUCCCAUCACCUAUGAGCAGGGUUCUGCUAUGGCCAAGCAGCUGGGCGCAGAGGCUUACCUGGAGUGCUCAGCGUUUACCUCGGAGAAAAGCAUCCACAGCGUGUUCCGCACCGCAGCAAUGGCCUGCAUCAACAAGCUGCAGCCUCUCCCGAAGACCAGCCCCACCCGCCGCCUCUCCAAAAGACUUCUCCACCUGCCCAGCAAGUCGGAUUUGCUUUCCUCCACCUUUAAGAAGGAGAAGGCCAAGAGCUGCUCGGUCAUGUGAGUGGAGACCUCUUGGGUUACAGUCAUCACAUGCGACCCCAAGCCCCUGCCUCUUGGUCUCGGGGAAGGGGGGGUGGGCACGAUGGUUUUAUCAGGGGAUCCUGCUGAAUCCUUCCCUCACCCCCCCGGAAACCAAACGCCCCUCAGAAGAGGUGGACACCUCGCUGUCCACUUGCUCCUGAACCUUUUAGCGCACAUCAAUCUUUUUCCACUACUGUUUAUCUUGCUUUCGAACAAAUAAUAUCAGUCAAGGUUUGAUCAUCAAGCUGCCAUUUUUUUCACCUGUUAACAGUAUGCAACUACACUGGUGUUACAUCUGUUUGAUUUUACUAUCUCUAGGCACAUGUUGAUUUUGUCCAAAUUGGAAAUGUGCAACAUGUGACGUUUAAUCUUGUGAUGUAAAUGCCUCUCAGACAAUUCAAUGGAUAUUUUUCUAAGUGCAAAAAUAUAUCUAGCAUGAAACUGUCAGGAAUUAGCAAAGUCCUGUUCAUCCCUCUUAGUAAGAUAUGUGAGGUGUGAAAUAGCUUGUCGCUGGUGUCCCCAUUUAGACCUGUGAAAGCACAGAGAUGUAGAGGGAGUAGUGGGACAAACCACAGUGAGAGCUAUUACAUAGAGGGCUGUUCUCAUUGUCUCAGUGGUGAUGAGAGCAGGGAUAAGAGCUGUGAGUGCAGGCUGCUGUGUAGACAGCAGUCUAGACUAUUUCAACCUGCAUGGAUUGUUGAUGCAUGGUUGUGUAGCUCUGGACAGCGCUGCUCCACAAGCUUUCAGUGGACUAGGUGGAGGAGGCUGAAGAGACUCUGUGUGUACAAAACGAAGGACACACAUAAAAAGUAAGGAAGUUUAGUUGGGCUUCCGGUGUCUCUGCUGUCACAGCUAGAGUCUAUUUUAAAAUAAUAUUUGGUGAUGGGACAGACACAUUUUAAUAGAUGAGAAAACAUGCCUUUGUUGUGACCAGGAGCGUACACACAAACAGUUCAAUGCUGAACUGUCCAGCGUUAUUUAUGAAGCUGUGGCUGGUUAUCGAUGCCAGCGAAAGCAUUGUGAGGCAUAUUUAAAAGCAUAGGUUAAAUGCCUACCUGAGUCAGGCCGGCUGCUAAAGGGAAAAUCUGGUUUGUUGUUUCAAAUAUUCUUCAGAAAAGAUUUGUAGCAUUGUAUUGUUGAGACUUUUUCAACAAUUCUCAAAUGGUAUGCAGUUUUGAAAAAUGCCUUUCAUAUCAUGUUCCCAGAAGUCAUUGAGAGUUUUUGACUACUGUAAUAUGCCUGUGGAUUUCUCUCAAAUUGCAACAAUCCAAUGUAGCACUCCCAACCUGACUCUACUCUUCCAAGAUGACUCAAGUUUUUGUGUCGCACACUCUUGUUAAUCUGUUGACCUCCAAUAAGCAGCACUUACUGUAGGUUACAAUGACUGCGGAGCAAAAAAUUGGACCCUUUUCUGAGCUUAAAUCUUUGGCUUCAUGGUUAUGUGUGUGUGCAGCAUUGACCUCUGUGCUUCUAACCAUAAAGCAAUAAUGAUUUAAGUGCUUGUGAUGCAAGGUAACCUGUGUGGCAAUAAAGACGCAGCUUUGUGAUUACUGUCAUGCUAUAGCGCUCCAUGGACAUCGAUGUUAUAGACUGAAACCAUCUCUGCUGUACAAAGAGGCUGCUGAUCUGUGUUUGCCCCUCCUCCUCCGUGUAAGUAGCCACUGGUAUAUAAAAUAGCCAAUGACAAUGUGCUAUGAAAUAGAUCAGAGUAUGUGAAGAGGGAACAACGCUCUUUGAGUUGCAGAUGCUAGACUUUGCUGUCAAUUUUACAUAAUCAUAAUAAAAAGCGGUAAGAUCUGAAUAAACUGCUUGAGUGAGUUAACAGUGCAGUACAUACUUGUAAAAUUCGAAAAAUAUACUUUGAAACCUUCAAAAGUCUAACAAUCAUCUUGUAAAAAGGGCUAGUGUGUCAAAAAAAAGAGGAAAUAAUGUGGGACUAAGGAGAACAAUUAAUCAAAAUGCACAGGCUGGCCCUGUCCAAAGAAAGCUAUUUUUCCAUUAUUUGUUUUUAUGGUUGAUGUGUAUUUUGUUUUUUUGUUAUUUAAAAGCAUGAUGUGUGUCGUUUUGGAAAUAUCUCCCUGAGAUGGUUGUUGCAGAAUCUUUUUGGAGCUGUGGACUGCCCCCGGUAGUCGGAGGAACUUUAAGUGGUGAUUUGCACAAAGGCUUCCAGUUCAUGGUCACACACCAAAUUCCUCAACAUUGCCUAGCAACAAUUCAGCGUAGGAAAGAGAGACUGGCUCUUGGGUUGGUUUUGUGGACAGAGAGGGUUGGCUCACAGGCAGACAUCCCCACAUCCAUUAGUACAGUGUCGGAUAUUCAUUUGUUGCCAGGCUUGUUAAAAAAAAAUAUAUUCCUUGAUAUUUUUCUUUGGGUUAGGAAGCUGAUGCCGGGCCUUCUGAAGAUGGGUUAGAUGGGCGGCUCACGGACCACGUCAGUUAAUAUGCAGCCUUUGUGUUGUAGUCAGUGUGUGGUACAAUGGUGCAGUCAAACUCCUAAGCAUGUCCUAUUGAAGUUGUAUGAUUGUACAUACCGUCUCUUGUUUUAUAAUUAUUGUAGGACAUCACCAAGGAUGUCACAUGAAAAUAUUGUUGUUGAUGUGAAUAUUUAUUUGGUAGCUAUUUUUGCCUUUUUUGGAUUGACAUGUACAUUUGUUUAAAAUCUAUUUUGGAAAUUUAACUUUAUUUCCUUUUUUUGGUUUGUUUUUUGUUUUAUGCUGUGUUAAAUAAAGCUUGCCCUGUC